AUGGAACCUCCGCCGGAGAACACAGAUGGCUCCUCCAUCAAGCCAGUCUCCUCCCUCCGGAGCCAUUUUGAGAACAUGCUGAGUGGGAAGAAGCCUCCCCCAACGCCGUCUACACCUUCGUUAAGACAGCCGUCUCCUGCCGCCGUGGAUCGAUUGCAACAGUCGGAGGACGUCAGGUCACGGGCUGAUGGCCGCAGCUCUUUGGAUAUCCCAAGGAGUAACGCUGGCCACUCUUCAUCGCCCAACAGGUCGGAUAAUAGCCAACAAGGUCUUCUUACGCCCAGCCCAAGAGCACCACGUACACCUUUGAGCAGACCAAAACCAAGACCCACCUCCAUGAUGGCAUUUUCUCCUCCGAGGUCUCCAACAAGGUCACCACCGAAAGUCACGGUUCAGUCUCCGCGAUCGCCUCCAAAACCGUCUGAAUCUCAUGGUUAUGCUCCAACGCCGCCUCGAGAUGUGUCCCAAUUAUGCUUGGACUCCCCUGGGUCUAGAUCUGGUUCCCCCGUAGCAAAUGGAGCUCGUCACUUCAGGAUACCAAGCCGUUCUACAACGCCUGCCAUUGAAGCUAAGCAGACACCAUUCCUUCAACCGACUAACACUCCAACGCCUACGUUGGAUCCGCGCAAGCAACCCAAUCUUGAGGCAGGAGUCAACUCAAGAAAUCAAACACAAGCGCCGAGCCCUGGACUCCCUCCCCCUGUCAACCGUUCUGCAAAACCUAAAAUAUCCGGCAAACCUCCUGCAUUUAUAGAUCUAGGCACAAAGUCAUCUUUGGCGCCUGAACUUCCUGAUGCAUCAGGAGAGCGAGUGUCUCCAUUUAGCACGCCACCAAGUAGUGAGGGAAGCAACCCCAUCGAAGACGUUUCUCCUCCGACUAUUCAAAACCAAGCGAAGUCUCGUAGCUCAGCUUCUAAGGACGUCCCGCUAAGCCGCGACGGAUACUUCGCGCCGCCACCAAAGCAUCGCUCUGUCGUAGAGCGAAAGCGAACUCCUGAUGCAAGAUCACUAGGGUUUCAACCGUCAAAGCAGGCUGCCAACAUACGUGCUCAGCUAGCCAGCGAUCUGCCGGAAGACCGUCCCUACCUUCCUCCACGGCGAGAAACUGCCGACUAUCGGUCGAGUAUGUCUUUAUCGAGACCUCAAGCUCCUCCAGAGCCUCCAGUGCGGAGGUCCAUGGACCAGUUUCGUCCUACAGCGUCCUCAACGGAUCCUAAAUCGAGGUUCCCACCCCCACCGAAGCGAACACAGACUUUUGGUCCUCAAAGUAGUUCCUCGCUCCAGACUGCCAAUUCUAGCAACAAUUCUCGAUCUGUACCACCACGACCCUCAGCCGACAUGAGGAGGCCACUUCUAUCUCAAGUCAAACAAGCCACCCAGGUCGAAGCUUAUGUUGACAGCUCCGAUGAUACGGAUGCACAAGCCGAGAAGGGCGGUUCUAGUCUGACAGAUUACCCGGACUCCUCACAAGCAAAUCGACGACCACCGGUAUUUGCGAAAAGCAUACAAGAGAUACCAACAAAGUAUGAGACGAAAUUGUUCGCUGUUUGUGGGGAGUACAUAUGUACAACUGGUUACGUCACUCGUGUUUGGAGCUUAUUGACCGGGGAGCUAUUGAUGAGUCUUAGCCAUGGAGACACCGUAAAGGUCACAGCUAUAUCGUUUCGGCCGGUCAAAGAUGUCGAAGACGAAGGAAAGCGGAUGUGGCUGGGAACUAAUAUCGGCGAGAUCCAUGAAGUUGACAUUCCGAGUCAUUCCGUGGUGCAAACAAAAGGAAAUGCUCACCCCAGGUGUGCGAUCAUCAGAAUCUAUCGAUACGCUGCCGAGAUGUGGUCAUUGGAUGAUGAAGGAAGGAUUCACAUUUGGCCACCAGACGAGAAAGGGUCCCCAAGUCUUUCGCAGACACCUAACAGCUUUAGAGUGCCGAAAGGUCACACUUUCUCCAUUAUUACCGGAAUGCAGCUCUGGAUAGCCACCGGGAAAGACAUACGAAUUUUCCAACGAAGUAAUGAUACCAACUCUUUCCUUCAAGUUCUUCAAAAGCCUCUCUCGCAACCUAACGUCGGCGAGGUUACGUCGGGCGCCAUCAUUAGCAGCCAGCCUGAUAGGAUAUACUUUGGACACAAUGAUGGAAAAGUGAGUAUCUACGCUAAAAAGGACUUCGUGUGCUUAGGAGUUGUCAAUGUCAGCGUUUACAAGAUUAGCUCCCUUGUGGGAGUAGGCGAUUAUCUUUGGGCUGGAUACAUUACGGGGAUGAUUUACGUUUACGACACACAAAGCAACCCAUGGAAGGUGAAAAAGGAUUGGCAUGCACAUAGCAAUCCCAUUGCUGGCAUCGCUGUCGAUCGCACAAGUAUCUGGAAACUUGAUCGAUUACAAGUAGCUUCUCUGGGCACGGACAAUAUGCUACGGCUAUGGGACGGAAUGCUAAAGGAUGACUGGCUAGAGUCUCAAAUGCAGGAGCACGACUCUGAAUUCUGCGACUUCCGCGAGGUCACUGCUACGGUGAUGACUUGGAACGCGGGUGCCUCGAAACCAACAGCUUUACGACAUGAUGAACGAGACGGCAAUUUCUUCCGGGAUCUCCUACAGCCUCAGUAUCCCUCAGACAUCCUUGUUUUUGGGUUCCAGGAGCUUGUAGACCUGGAAGACAAGAAAGUCACCGCAAGGAGCUUCUUCAAGAAAGGCAAAAAGAAGGACGCGCCAGAUCAAGAGCACAUGAGCCACCAAUAUCGUGCGUGGAGAGAUCAUCUUGUCCGAACCAUCGAAGUCAUACUACCAACGGAGCCAUAUUUCCUAUUGCACACAGCAAACUUGGUCGGCCUCUUUACUUGUGUCUUUGUUAAAUCGUCAAUGAGGCAAUCGAUCCGCGAUGUGAGCGCCGCUCAAGUGAAGUUAGGCAUGGGUGGUUUGCACGGGAACAAGGGCGCUCUCAUUGUGCGAUUCGUGAUAGAUGAUAGCUCAAUCUGCUUCAUCAACUGCCAUCUGGCCGCUGGACAAACGCAGACUAUGCAUCGUAACAACGACAUUGCCGCCAUAAUGGAGGCAGAGGCUCUGCCUGCUCGACUUGACCCAGCCGGGAGGACAGACUUGUUUGUGGGUGGAGGCGACGGGUCCAUGAUUCUCGAUCAUGAGGUUUGCAUUUUGAACGGGGAUUUGAAUUAUCGGAUUGAUACAAUGCCCCGUAACACGGUCAUUGCGGCAGUCGAAGCCAACAAUUUGGCCAAGCUCCUUGAGCGAGACCAAUUACUACUGUCAAGAAGGAGGAACCCUGGCUUCAGGCUACGCGCAUUCAACGAAGCACCCAUCACAUUCGCACCAACAUAUAAGUAUGACGUUGGCACGAACAACUACGACUCGAGCGAGAAGAAGCGCUCGCCUGCGUGGUGCGACAGACUGCUCUACCGUGGACUUGGCCGCAUAAAGCAGGUAGACUACCAGCGGCACGAAGUACGAGUGUCUGACCACCGACCUGUCAGUGGCAGAUUCAAGGUGCGUGUCAAGACUAUAUCGCCGAAAAUGCGAAUAGCAACACGCGAUCGUUGCGAGGACGAAUUUGAGGAUGUCAAACGUCGUAUCGCAAACGAUAUCAAGCUCGAUUACCUCACUAACGUGUUCGGCCUGUCCCUUAAAGAGGCGCAGAAGCUGUUGAAGAAGUAGCGAAUUAGGCACGCGGGAUUGACUUUUGCGGGGAAAGGCUCUUUUGGCUGGGCACACGGCAUUGCAGGAGUUUUGACUAAGAACCGGCCUUGCAUGAAUUUUGCUCGCGAUUGUGGAAGCUAGUCAUUGAAUGACAGCUUGUCCGAGUUCAUCAAAGUCAUGAUGACGUAAUUGAGAUGGAGUAGUGAUGAAGUGAUGCAUUGAUCC